AUGGCCAAAGACGACACAACCGCCCAAGAGGCUGCGCGCAACCCCAACAGCGAAGAACACGAAGCAGUGCGAUUGCUGCAGCAGGAGCAAGACAAUGAUGAUUCGCCUGAUGAAGACCUAGAAUUAGGUUCGAAGCCGCCAUCGCCAGCGAAGCGCAAUGGCAAUACACAUCCGGGUAUACCGCCGCGAAGGCAGUCCUCAUUUGCUCAGAUUCGGCCUAAUGGGACACCCCGGACACCGCACAGAGUACGCUUCAAUGUGGAAGAGCCACAAGAGCAGCAUGGCGGAGGACACGUCGAGGAGGAUUGGAUGGAUGAUGAGGACUAUAUGAAUGGCAAUUCGACUUCGRAAUAUCAGCGAGCCCCUCUCCUGACUGGCAUCGAGGCUCCCAGUGUCUCCGUGGCCAACGAUCUUGAUCUCGCGGAGCUGGAGUCUUCGCGGCCAAAGAGUGGCUUGCGCAGUGCCUUUAUGAACAUGGCCAACAGCAUUAUUGGUGCUGGGAUCAUUGGACAACCAUACGCUUUCAAGCAGGCUGGACUGCUCACGGGAGUUCUACUGUUAAUUGUUCUGACUAUCACGGUCGACUGGACGAUCCGUCUUAUUGUUACCAACUCGAAACUGAGCGGCGCCAACUCAUUCCAGACAACGAUGGAGCACUGCUUCGGUAAAUCAGGAUUGGUGGCAAUAUCUGUCGCUCAGUGGGCCUUUGCAUUUGGAGGAAUGGUUGCUUUCUGUAUUAUUAUUGGGGACACGAUUCCAAGAGUCCUCGGGGCCAUGUUCCCCGGUCUGUACGACAUCCCGAUUCUCUGGCUUCUCACAGAUAGGAGGGCUAUCAUCGUUCUUUUCACGUUGGGCAUAUCGUACCCACUAUCUCUAUACCGGGACAUUGCAAUGCUUGCGAAAGCUAGUACAUUGGCCCUCAUCAGUAUGGUCGUAAUCAUAAUUACAGUGAUCACGCAAGGUCCGAUGAUGCCGGCGGAGUCGCGUGGACAGCUCAAAGGCAGCUUGCUCGUCAAUGGCGGUGUCAUCCAGGCCAUUGGAGUGAUUUCCUUUGCAUUUGUCUGUCAUCACAACAGUCUGCUCAUUUAUGGCUCGCUCAGGACACCAACCAUGGACCGCUUCGCCAAAGUCACGCACUACUCAACCGGCGUCUCAAUGCUGGCAUGUCUCGUAAUGGCGCUGACUGGCUAUCUGUGCUUCGGCGAUCGAACCCAGGCCAACAUUUUGAACAAUUUCCCUUCGGACAACAUCAUGGUCAAUAUUGCACGACUCUGCUUUGGCCUCAACAUGCUCACCACCCUCCCACUCGAAUGCUUCGUCUGUCGUGAAGUCAUGACACUCUACUACUUCCCAACAGAACCCUUCCAGCCCAAUCGCCAUUUGAUUUUUACGACCUCACUCGUCACGGGAGCGAUGGGCAUGGCACYCCUCACCUGCGAUGUUGGCAUUGUUUUCGAGCUUGUGGGCGCAACGAGCGCCUGUGCUCUUGCGUACAUCCUCCCCCCGCUGUGCUAUGUGAAGCUUGCGAAGAGAAAGACCUGGGAGACUUAUGCUGCGUAUGUAUGCAUCGUGUUUGGAUGCUUUGUCAUGGGCGUGAGCUUAGUGCAGGCUGGGGCUAAAAUGGUGAGAGGUGAAGGCGGAAUGUCAAGUUGCAGUUAG